AUCUAACCCAUUUUUAAGAGUUCAUAAUAAUGACGCAUAUUACGAUAAAUACUUUUUUUUUAAGGGAUCAUAAUACCUUACAGUUCUCUUUAAAAAAAUGUUAUUGCACUUUUUAUCUUUAUGCGUUUUAGCCUUAUUAUUGAACAUAAAAAGGUAGAGUGCUAUGAUAUGGACUGAAAAUCAUUUAAAUAAAUAAAUAUAAACGGAAUAAACGAAUACAUUUUCAAUAGGCCGUUUCAAAAUAGUUUAUUUUAAAUUAAUAAUCACGUUAAAAUUUGCUUAAUUUAGUAGAUAUUUGUUUUUUUUUUAUUUAUAUAUCUAAUAAUUCUAGAUGUUUGCGUUUCUUCAUUAUAUUAUAUUACUUGAAAUUUCAUUUGACUGGUAAAUUGCGAUUUAAUUGAAGAAUAAGUAUGUGACUGAAAAAAGAUGCAAUCAUUUUUAUCAUAUUUAAGUCUCUAAAAAACAUAAAUUUUUAAACCCUUAUUUUGAUCAUCAAGUUAACUAUUUACAGUUAUAAAUCUUCUUUUCAACUCAAAGAAUAAAAAAAAAAUUAAAAAUCGGUUACCAAAACAAUUACGAAAGAGAACCUUGUUUUGUAGCCUAUUCCCACAAAUCGGUCAUUCUAAUCUUACUGUCAUUCCGAAUUUUUAUUGACUGUGAUAUCUAUGCAGACAUAAACAGCACACAAUCAUUAUCUUUGUUUUUUUUUUUAAUUCUUUUUUUUUUUAAAUUCAUCUUUUAAGCGUCAUACCAUACCAAGGAUAUUGAUAUUAUGCGAAAUUUAAUUCACGCUAACCCGAAAAUUGAAUUUAAUUUUAAAUUAUUUUUUUUUUAGGUUGGGGUCGUCCAUUAAUUACGUCAACAAUUUUUAAGCAAUUUUUUAACCACUCCGGCUUCCCCCUCUUGUCAACAUUUGUGAAACUUUCAAUGAUCCCCCCCCCCCUAUUUAACUAUGUCAACAUUUUCUAACCCCCCACCCCCAAAAGUGCUAAUUAUAUUCCAUUAAUUACGUCAACUAUUUUUAAGCAAUUUUUUAACCACUCCGGCUUCCCCCUCUUGUCAACAUUUGUGAAACUUUCAAUGAUCACCCCCCCCCUAUUUAACUAUGUCAACAUUUUCUAACCCCCCACCCCCAAAAGUGCUAAUUAUAUUAUAAAUAAAUUUAUAAAUACAUUUUACUUUGUGCUAAUCUAUUUAAUGACAAUAAAAUUAUAGGAAAAACAUUUCAUUUCAUCUUUAGCUUGUUAAAAAGUUUUUACAAAUUAAAUUUUACAAUGCAGAAUCAAUUAAAAUGUUGUUAAAGACUAAAUAUCAUUGCUUUUGGUAUAAAUAUGAUUAUUGUCAGUAAAGCUGAUAAUUGUAGUAUAGUUUCUAGCUGCUAUCAUCUUCCCAAGGAGUAGCCAGGUUUACCCUAUCGUAACAAUGGGCAUCAGGGACAUCAUUUGGGUAGGAGGCAUUUGCCCCCACCCCCUAAUUUGCAGGUUUUAUUGAAAUUUCUAUGUACCGUGGCGCCUCCAGUCUACAAGCCGACCAAGUUUUGGUUUUGCCCCCUCCUCCCCCCCUGAAAAAACAUGAAAUGACGCCCCUGACGGGUCUAGUCUAUAGUAGCUGAUUCAUAAUUUUCAUCUUGCGGCACUGAUAUACCAGACAAAUCAACAUUAUCCUCAUCUAACCAUUCAGCCCUUAAAAUAGAAGCAUUUUCGGUGUGAGCAAUAAUUGCCAUAAGCUCUCUCUAUCUCCUUGCAGAUACUCGCAUUGGUCGAAGCCUUCUUUUUUUUUUUUUUCUUUUGAAGAGCAGGUGCUAAUUUCUUAUGUUCAAGAGGGCAUUGUCGGUUCUGUUAAACAUGCUUUUUCAACAUGACUUGUGAUGCAAAAUAGAUGUUACAGAUUUUGCAAGUCGGUUCAAGCAGCGAUGUUAUUAUUGUUACUCACUUAACAUUCACCUAAUUCUCAAAAUAUCGUAAUCCUACUCUAUCAAUAUCAUUUAUCUUGACUGCACAUGGCACUUUAACCUUUUCCUUGUUCCAUGGCUGCAACUGAAUCUACAGGUGAAGAGAGGCCAACUUUUGACUUCUCUUGCACUAACAAAGUGUGCUAACAUUCUGAACAGCCAUCUGCAGUGCACAGACACACAUUAAUAUAUUGUUAAAAGUCUACAAAUUAUAUUACUAUUUAUACUCAUUUACACUUAUAAUUUCUUAAAAAUAAUGUUAUAACCAGUCAAUUUUUAUGAUUAAAAUUUUAAUAGAGAAAACAGGAUUGUUGACGUCAACUAAUCUAAACCCCCUUGCCACCCCCUUGCCCUUGUCAACAACUGUCAAACAUUUCCAACCUCCCCCCCCCCCUAUUUUUGACGUAUUUAAUGAACGCCCACUUGUUCGGGCCUUUAAAUUUACAUUAUUUUGCAGUAUUACAUUUAAAAAUGCUUAGUAAAAAAUUUAAGUUGUUAGUUUAACCAGCUAAUUUUUAUGAUUAAAAUUUUAAUAGAGAAAACAGGAUUGUUGACGUCAACUAAUCUAAACCCCCUUGCCACCCCCUUGCCAUUGUCAACAACUGUCAAACAUUUCCAACCUCCCCCCCCCUAUUUUUGACGUAUUUAAUGAACGCCCACUUGUUCGGGCCUUUAAAUUUACAUUAUUUUGCAGUAUUACAUUUAAAAAUGCUUAGUAAAAAAUUUAAGUUGUUAGUUGUUAUUUGGAGGAAAAAAUGAAGGCCAUUAUACUCAUAAGAGAAUAGCAUUUCUUUUUAAAAGCAUUGUUAAAAAUUACUAACAGUUUAAAUUAUUAAUUUUUUUUUUAAACGCUACCACUCGAUCAUGUAGUAAGUAGGCUAUGUUGAAAAUAUGUGAAAAUUAGUAGUUACGCGUCAUAUUAUCGCUGUCUAAAAGUACGCCAAUCGGGCAUUGCUAACGAUACACUUUUUUUAAAAACAACUAUCACCGGAAAUGGUUAGCCGCAUUAUCUUGUGUUAAGAAGACUGCACGAUGUAAGUUAUAUAUCAUACACACGAUAACAUUAACUUUAUUUUGUCCUUUAUAAGUUAUUUUAUUGAACCUUUUCAUAUUAUCUCUUCCCGUAGGACUAGCGGGAAAAGUUGGGCUGAACAAGUGGACCAAGGAGAUGAGGGUAAGUUAGUUACUUUAUAUGGCAUAUGUCAGUCAUGAUAAUGAUAUGUCGUGACAAUGGGGUGGGCCUCAAUGGCAUGACAUACUCAUCAUGAGAAGCCAGAUGAGAUGAUUGGUGACAUGUUGUGUCCUAAAAUUUUUAAAAUAGGCCUAAUUAUUAUGACUUAUGUAGGCCAACAGACCCGAGACUUAGAUUAGUACUAUUAAACUAUUAGAACUAGAAGUAGUUGUACUUAGGAGCAGUAGGUAGAUACUUAGAUGAAACAAGGGAGACUACUACUUUUUGUGUAUCAGAAAUAGAAAUCGGCGCAGAAAAAUCUGAGUUUUUAAUUUUCCGAUGUGUGUGUCUAUUAAAUGAGUACUUUUGACAUAUAUUUGAGUUCUGUUUCCGGCCUUAUGGCUAUGGCCUUAUCAUUAGAUAGACAUCUUGGCCUACAUUUACAUUGAUUUGUUUUAAUUUUUCAAUCGACUUGUUUUUUGAGAUUCCCCUUUAAAUAUAAGGCAUCUUUCACUAUAAAAUUUGUAUAGCUCAACUUUUAUGUCUUUAAAAAAAAGUCCUAUUCUGUAUUAUCUAUCGAUGUGUAUUUGUGUCGAUUCUCAUUUAGUUAGGGCAUGUCGGCCACUUGUUAUGCUCAUUUGAGUAAACCCCUAUAUGGUAAUUUAGCACAGCCCAAUUUUCAAUAAGAAAGUGGCCAUGCCCCACUUCAUUGACAGAAGACGCUGUUACUUAGGAAAUAUUCAAUUAUUUCCACUAUUUACAUCAAAAUAUUUGAUAACUUAUGUUUUAGAAUGAACUUAAAUGUUAUUGAAAGAAUACUGUUAAUUUGAGGUUGAAAAAACCGGCAGAGUCCAUAUUAUAAAUUAUCAUAAUUUGCUGUGUGCAAAAUGUCAUGGCGGCCAUUCACGGUGACUUGCUUAAUGGCCAUUAUUUACUACUAUCUCAGAGUUUUCAUUCAUAAAAGUUUGCUGUGUGAAAAAACUAUUAAACUAGGUCAGGGAAAGCUUUAAUUAAUUAGUCAUGUACCAAAGUUGAACGUUCAAUAGUUCCCAAACAGUAUUUUAGUAAUUAGGGCAUGAGUUGCCUUAUAUAGACUAAAUAGGCAAUAUAGCAUAUAUCGGUAUAAUGGACGUCGUAGAUUUGGUAAACAGAAAAGCCAUAUAUUUUAAUAUAUUAUAUUAAAUUUACUGAUAUAAAUGGUGCAUAGUUAGAUAAGCUACAAUUUAUUUAUAAUUGUUAACAAUAUUAAAAUUAUUUUAAAUACAGCAUUAGUUCUGAAAAUAAAAUUAUCAUUAAAACAAGAGCUCGUGACGCGAACAGCAGAAUUGGGUCACAGAAUGUGGAGAUGCGGUCCAUGUUUCAAAAGGACAAAUUAAGUCGAACUUUAAAAAUUCAUAACUUUAAAACUACAACAGCUAAAAAUAUGAUUUUGGUGUUAUAAUUCUUUAAAAAUUUAGCUCUAUUCAACUAUGCCAUUGGUUUAUUUUUACAAAAAGUUUUAAUUUUCUAAUCAAAGUACGUACAGGUAGCCAGUGAAUGGGCUAAACCCUAAACACCCCCCCCCCCCCCCCCCACCAAAAAUUAUAAAGUUCCCCCCCCCCCCCCCCCCCCACCCCAAAUGCAAGGUUAACUAAAAAAAAUUUUGUACUGUUCAAUGACUAACAUUUAGAUAGCCUAAACUAAGUUAUAAUAACUAGAACCUACUUACUCACUCAAAGUCAAAUCUAGUCCAGUUAGAAUGUUAUUUGUGAAAGUUGUGAGGCAUUAUUAAAUUAUGAUUAUCCUAAAGCAAAGGCUAAAGGGACAAUGAGUAACAAUCACAAAUGACAACAAAUGUAUGCUGAUGUUUCGCAUCAGGAUGUGAGUUCCCUUUUAGUUAACUUUUUUUUUUUUUUUUAAAUCAUUAUUAAUACCCUGAUAGAAUGUUGUAAAUUAAUAUGUCAUUGGGUGGUUACUUAUAAUAUUUUACCUUAAAUGAGGCUAAAUUUUAUCGAAGUGUCUACAUAUCCGGCGACCGGACGAAUAAUUCACGAGAUAUUCGUCCGGCGGCCGAGUCACAUGACCGCCAUAAACAAAGUUGGGCGAGAUAUUUGUCAGUAAGUCUUGUCACGUGACAGCUAAUAGUCGAUCAUAAAACUGGCGUCAUUGGAAAAGGUGCAUUGGAGUGGGUGGGAGGCGACAAGUAUACACUCAUUUCAAGAAAUAAGUGGGGGGGGGGGAGGUGAGCAAUGCAUACUAGAAGAAAGAAAUACUGAGAGUUAUCUUAAUAUAUGGCUGUUGGGGUAGCCUACUUCUCACACAAUAUCAAUAGCCUAAAAUAAAACUUUUUUAGUAGAUCUAUUGACAGUCAACUGGCAGGCAUUGGUCUUAUUUUGUUUGGUACAUAUUUUAAAUGUAGACUACUAGGUAGAACUUUAUACAAUAUUUAAACCAAGAUAACAGACUUUUUUUUUUCGACGACCUCUUGUCACAUGACAUGUCUGCCGAAAUAAUAACACAUACUAGUCGUCCGGCGGUCACGUGACGACCCGCUGGAAGAACAUCUUCCACACUAUUUGUUCGGUCGCGGGACGUGUAGACACUGCCAAAUAUUAUAGCACCCAUUUUAUGUAAGUCGAGGGGAGUUGAUACAAUAAUGUUGCUACGUUCACCACAAAAUUUAUGUACCUGCUGAAAUUGCGACAGGAAAGGAAGUGACCAUUCAAUUUCAACAAUUUAUUCCAAUUUUGUUUCUCUUGAUAAGUAGCUUAAAUAGCACAUUCUCUCUCUUUCCCCUCCCCAUUUUAGCACACCUGUAUUUGCAAUUGUACAUUGAAUCCUGCAAAACUAGAAAAUGAUGUUUAAUUAAAAUAUUUAAUGAUAUGUAAAUUAAUAGCAGUAAUAUUCACCAGAAUAUAGGACAAAUCCAAGCUUGGGAUAUUAAUUUGUAUUACAUAGCUUCAAACCAGCAUGACAUUAGUAGUGGAGGUGGCUCUGAUGAAACAUAAGGCUAUAGAAAUCCAAUGAAAGGAUAAAAUACUCUCAUGAGUAAUUUGCAUAACGAGCAAACAAAAAUGUGAAGAAGUUGCUCCCUUAACGAGCAACAUUUGGCAUAACGAGUUACACAGAGGGGGGGGGGUCACUUUUUCCCGACAUUCAUUUGUGAGUCGGGACUUCGGCGCUGAUGCAUGAGUCUAUGUUUAGCACUCGGUCUGUUAGCGUAUUGUUUUCGUGUGUGAUCACCAGUUUUACAAAUUUUGUAUUCAGACAGUAUUCUUAAUUUUUUUAUGUGCAAAGUGUAAUAACCUGUGCUAAAAUGUCUUUGAAGAAAAAUCCACAAGAAGACAAUCAUAAGAGAGAAAAAAUAACUGUUGAAAUGAAAUGUAAAAUCAUUGAAAAGCAAGACAAUCUUCUAGCGCAAUAAGAGAAAUGCUGAAAGCUUGGGAAACUGUUGCAUCGUACAUUGAGACGCAUCACCCUAAUAAGGAGGUGGCUAUUCGUGCUAAAAAUUUAUUCAAUGAUAAUUCUGUGACACAUUUUCGUAAAAUUUUGAAGCGUCAUCAAAAACAAAUAACUUUAGACAGUUUUCUAGUUAAAAAGGAUUAAUUAUUUGUGCUAAAUUCAUAUUUUUAUUUACGUUUUUUGUUUCAAAUCUAAAUUGUAUUCCAAGUUGUUACACUCCUUAACAAUUCAUAAGUAAUUUUAUUUGAAUAGAUGUUAAUAAAAAUUUUUGAAAAAUUAGGAUUUUUUCAGCAUGGAAUGCAUUAUGGUAUUUUACAUUGAUUUGUAUAGGGAAAAUUGUUUUGUUUAACGAGUGUUUCGCUUAACGAGUAAGAUUCUGGAAAGAAUUAUGCUUGUUAUGAGUAUGAGAGGUUCCACUGUAUAAGCUCAAAAUAUUCAAGGAAAAAAAUGAAGGCCUUUCUCUUUGGGGGGAGGGGGGAGACCCACAACAUAAAACCAGUGGAUUACAGGCUAUAGUAAUUUCUAAACAAGAUCAUAUGGGAAAAAUAAGAAAGUGAAGGAAAUUAAAAUUUUAUAGGCUCUUAUACAAUUGUGUUACUUUAAUUAGCUUUGAAUUUUUAAAAAAUUAUUGUAUAGUGACUACAUUAGACAUAAUAGUUUAGUUGGGCAGGUCUCAUAAAUUCGUGCCAAAUACCAUAUUUGUUUCACUAAAUGUAGACCAAAUAUAGAGAUGUGAUUUAUGGUUCUAAUUACUGUUAAAUAGGUUUCACAAGUAAGUUAUUAUUCACUCUUCAAAAGUUUUGGAUUCACUCUUCAAAACUGACCAAUCACUUUUGGAGAAAAAUAAGGCAAUGAAGCAGUUUAAAUUAAAGACAGAGUGUCUCAAAUUUUGUAUCCAGUAUUUUAGUAUCUUGUAAAUUAUUUUCAUGUUAAAACAAAUGAGUUCACUGUGUGGUAAGUUGGGUGUACAUAAUAUAAAUGAAAUCUGAUUUAAUACACUAAUAUUAUCAUAAUACUAUAUAUAUCAUAAUAUAGUAUUACAUAGUAAAGUUUUAUGAUAAAUAUUUUGUGAAGAAGUGUAUAAAGUUAUAUGAUUAUAUGUCUAAUAACUUACAAAUGAAAAAGAAAUUUCCUUUUCUAUUAAAAAAACAUACAUUAACAUGCAAUUUAUAUUAAUAACUAGCCAAUAUACCAGGCCUUGCAUGGGAUAGCAUUCGGAAAAAAACAAAAAACUUCUACAGCCUUUAAAUUAAACUUUGAAAUUAAGCGAAAAGUAAAAAUAAAAACCUAUAGUAUAACAAAAUAAAAGAAUUAAUUUGUCUCCUAUAAAAACACAUUUAAAAUAACUUUUGUGAACCUAUCGUUCCCAGAUUGUAUCCCAUUAGCAAAUGGGAUGCCAUUUUCCAAGGGGAUUCCGACCAGACGGGGAUCACAUUUUUAUUGGGAUCCAGUUUCCAAAUGGGAUCUCAUAUGCCAUUGUGAUUCCGACCAAACUGGGAUCACAUUUUCUAUUGGAGGGGACAAACCCCCCCCAACCCCCCCCGCCCCUACCCAUUGGGUGUCCGAUCCUGGUGGGAUCCCCAUCCCUGUAGGAUCGAGUUUCCUAAUAGAAUCCUGAUCCCGUUAAGAUCCCGUUUCCAGUGGAAUUCGGCCUGUGAUGGGGGGCUCCAUAAAAUCAUUUAGAUAAAUAAUGGCGUUAAAAUUUAAAAUUCGUCCCAUUAAAACUAUUUAAUAAUGCCACAGAUAUAGCUUUUUAAAGUUACCAACCUUUCUGGAAAAUUCUGAUUGGAUAUUCUUAGUUUUAGAUCCACCGUUAUUUCAAAACGGAUGAUGAAAUGUAUUGCUACCACGUUAGGACUAUAUCCAUCAAUUCACAUAGCACCUAUAGUGCUAAGCCUAGUGAUAUUUAUAUAGCUUGUAUAAGGAAAAAUGAAAUUUGUCAUAUUUAUCUAUUCCUUUAGGAGUAAUUGUUGGUCAUUUAUUUAUAUAGCUCAUAUAUGGAAAAAAAAGAAUUGAAGGCCCCCGGCCCCAAACGGAAUGUUUUACAAAUUUCAUAUCCCCCCUAGAGUUGAUUCCGGAUAAUGAUGGAUACAUGUGUCAAGUUUGGUCAAGAUCCAUCAACACAUGUAAAAGCCUUUUUGAAACAAAGCCACAAACAAAUUUUCACUUUUAUAUUUAUAUAUAUAUAUAUAUGAUAUAUGAUUAAUAUAAAUAGCACAUAUAUGUAAGGUGAUAAUUUAAGAAAAUUUCAUUGAUAGAUAUAUAUAUUAUAUUUAAAGUCAUUUUAAAAUAUUAUGUGCUUAAUGUUAUAUCAACUAUUUAUAGGCAUCCUUCCCCCACCCACUGAAGAGUAUGAUGAGAAGAAAGGUAUUAAAACAAUUACAGAAUAUAAAAACAAUGAUGAUGGCAAGUUGAUUAAGGUGAGUCAUUCUUAAUUCAAUUAUUUUAACAUUUUUGUUUCCAUUUUAAAAGAAAAUCAAUUUUUUUUACAGAAAUGAGGUUGGGGGGGGGGGGGGGGGAUAGGUUUUGAUGUUUCAAAACUUGAUCACCACAAGAAACUGAUUAUCAACCGGCCGGUUGAUAAAAAUUUUUAUUUUUUUCUCAUUUUUUCUUACCUUCAUUUUUUUAAUUAUUUUAACAUUUUUGUUUCCAUUUUAAAAGAAAAUCAAUUUUUUUUACAGAAAUGAGGUUGGGGGGGGGGGAGAGAUACGUUUUGAUGUUUCAACACUUGAUCACCACAAUGAACUGAUUAUCUACCAGCCUGUUGAUAAACAAUUUUAUUUUUUUCUCAGUUUUUCCUACCUUCAUUUUUUGUUAAAAUUGGUUUAUUUUAUCAGGAAUUUUGAUCGAAAUAAAUUUUGUCGACGGUAAAUUGAUCGAUAGUAAUUUGAUAGAGCGGAAAUUUGAAGAAAAAAAUUCUAUCAAAUUUCCUAAGACGAAAUUAUUUUCGAUCAAAUUUCCGGUAACCAUUUUUAUCCUCUGUGAGUAAUGAGGCUAGAGACAUAAGUGAAUUUGUAAUCGAUUGAUUAUUACUGAUAUACUUAAAACUAUGCAGAAUAGUAUGUGUAAAGUAUAAGAAAUAUUUGAUUUAUAAUAAUGUUAAGUAUGUAGAGUUGACUGUGAGGCAAUGUUUUUUUCCUCAUUAAUUAUUACAAUGUUGGGUGGGAUAAAUAUUUCAGACAUUGUUAUAAAUUGUGAUUGAUGAAUGGUAGUGAAAAUUGAUUAUUUAAUCACUCAGGUUAUUCGUACAUUCAAAAUUGAAACUGUCCGACUCUCGAAGUCCAUAGCCAAGAGGAAGGUUAGUGUCUCACAUUACUUCAGGUACUUGUUCUAGACUUAUAAUAAAAAUCCUAUCCUGACAGCUGUCUGGUUAUGCAAUUGUCAGAUCUGGUUGUAAGUGAUAGGUAUAUAAUCAUGAUUUGGGUCACAUGUACUAGAGAAUCUGGCCAUCAUGAUGCCAGAUUCUCAAUCUGUGUGUUCACAAUUGGUUGUUUUGUUUAAACUUGGAAGAACCUUUUGUAACAAGUAUUCCCUUUUUGUUUUGAUACUUUUUUCUGUUGUUUUCUGUUUGUUUUUCACUUUUGUUCACUACUGUAUCAUUUUAAUUUUUAACAUUUCAGAUGUGGAAAAAGUAUGGUGCAGCUGCUGGUGAUCCACCAGGGCCUAAUCCUUCCAACACCAUCUUGACAGAAGAGGUUUUCAUGCAAUUUGUACAGAGUAAAGAGGUGCUCUACUGACUCAUUACUAUGAAACUUUUGGGACUGUCAUUUUUUUAAAAUGACUAACCACUGCUUGAAUAAGUCCUGUAUUGUUUACAAUAGUAUCUUAUGUGGACAUAGUUAUUGCUUAAUGUCUUUUAUGUAUAUUAAGGGAUAGAUUCUGAUUAAAUAUGUAAAAACUUCACUGAAACCAGCUAAUUGAUACUUUAUCUCUACAUAUAUAUAUAUAUAUAGAGAGAGAGAGAGAGGCUAAACACAAAUUAAAUGUUGUGAUUAUAUACAAUGCAAAAAAACUGUCCAUUUGCAUCUGUUUAGACACCGGCUCCUGAAGAAGAAGAUCCACUUAACAAGUUAAAAAAUCAAAAGAUUGUACAGUGCCGUAUCUGUAAGGGAGACCACUGGACUACUAAAUGUCCAUACAAAGAUACCUUGCAGCCUCUACAGGUAAUAUUGAUACAUUUCAGUUUCUAUAUGAUAAUCUAUGGUCUUAUUAGUAUUUAGCUUGGAUAAGUUCUACUCAUUUGUGUAUAAACUGUAAGGUCUUUCGCCAAAAUUUUAAUGAUUUAUUUAGGUUUGCAGUAUUGUAAAUUAUUUGGCAUGCCUUAUAAUUUCAUUAUAACUUUGUGGAAAAACUUAUUUGGAUUAUUUCUCAAAAUUCAAAAUUUAAUGUACCGGUAGUUAAAUGUAUUUAAACAUUAUUUUAUUUUUGAUGUUUCAUUGUUAGGAAAAGUUAGAAGAAGGAACAAAAAAGCCAGAUAUUGCCCCAGUCUCAUCUUCGCCGGCACCCAAGCCAACUGGAGGAAAGUAUAUUCCACCUACAUUGCGAGAGGGGGCUAACAAGGGAAGAGGAGAGUCUAUGUCAACAGCUAGGAAAGGAGGUAAUGGUAGAUUUCUGUAUCUUGCACUAUUUUUAUAAUUGGUAAAGGUUACAAAAUGAAGUAUUGGUUCCAUAUAGUUUCGCCAAAGCAGCUUUUCUUUAAUCUACUCUUUCGCUGGUGCUAAUAUAUUCAUAUCAGCUCUAGGUAAGCUAUUUUAGAAAAACACCUAUUUACCUAUUUGUAUUUCUUCAAAUCUAGAUGAGGCUGCAACAAUCAGAGUUACCAAUUUGUCUGAAGAUACCAGAGAGUCAGAUUUACAAGAAUUGUUCCGACCAUUUGGUCCUAUAUCUAGGAUAUACUUGGCAAAAGACAAAAACACUGGUCAAUCAAAGGUAUUCCUUUGCUUUAAAUUUUUAUACAUUCGUCUGUCAUGCAAAUAUUUCUAUGUAAGUCUAGGAAGAUGUGAUUUUUUAACACUUAUGGUAAAUACAGACCUACCAACCCUUCUGGUUUUGUUGAAAUUAUAUGGAUUUUUUUCCUCUCAUUCCGACCGUCGGACAAUCCCGUUAAAAUUUCCUAGCAGUAUAAAUUUUCACCCGUCAUAAAAAUAUGGAGAGAAAAAAAUAGGUUACACCAGGAAGUGGUGCAUUAUGAAGUGUCUACAUGUCCGGAAACCGGGCGAAUAAGUUCUUGAGAAAUUCGUCCAGCUAUUAUAUAUUCGACCAAGUCACAUGACCACCAUAACAAAGUUGCACGAGAUAUUUUUCAGUCAGUCUUGUCACGUGACCACUAAUAGUGGAUCAGUUCGGUUGCCCGACAUGUAGACAUUACCUUGUUUUUAUCGCAGCGAACCGCAAUCUCAAAAUCAUUCUUCAGUCAUCAAAUUGAUGAUCAAUUGAUCCUUUUACUAAGCCAAAAAAUAAUUCAGUUGUGUUGGUACUUUUUUUUUUUUGUCUCUUAAUUGAAUGGAUAAAUCUAUUGAAAGUGGUAGUUACAAUGAUAUUAAUAAAAGGUACAAUGAUAUUAAUAAACAUAUUUUAACAAAAAAACAUACAACUGCAGCUAAAAGUAGUGAAUCUACAACAUCCAUGUCUAAUUUCUUUGCUAAGGGAUCGGAAGUUUAAUUUACCACCUCUCUUGUUUAAGGAAAUGUUUCUCUAGCCCACUUCCGAUUGUUUUAAUGCUAGAGUCAUAGAAAUGUUUCCAUAUUCUUCAAAGACAAUGGAGGUAACUCUAUAUUUAAAGGCUUGUGCAUUAGUAUGUAGAUAUCAAACCAACACGCCCUUCCUUGCGCGCACCCCCCUACAGAUUUUUUUUCUUGGCAAGUUGGCAGAUCUGUAUAUAAAUACACAAGUGACUGAUAGUUUCACAUUGGGGAUAACUACUCUUUGAUUGUUUGAGCUAUUUUCAUGUGUCACAACCUGUGUUGUUGGUUACAUUUUAAUAAUAAUUUAUAUAAAUUUGAUUUUCAGUUUCACCUAUUCAUUAUUUCGUCAUCUCAAUUAUAAAUGCUCUAAACUAAUUAUUAAUGCUGUUUGCAAAAAAAAAAAUGAAGAAAAAUAUUUGUUUGAAGACUUUUGUUUUAUUGUUACCAUAUUCCUGAGUUUAACUAUUUAAUAUUGAUGCAGGGAUUCGCUUUCAUAAACUUCCAUCGCCGUGAAGAUGCAGCCAGGGCUAUUCAAGGUGUUUCUGGUUUUGGCUAUGAUCAUCUCAUCCUCAAUGUGGAAUGGGCAAAGUAAGUCUUACCAUUGUCCAUAGAUUCUAUGUUUUAAAGUUAUUUUUAUUUAGCUUUAACUUUAAGAUAGAAGCCUUUAAGUGUACCAAUGAUUUAUCUUUUAAGUAUCUGAGAUUUCUCCUUUUCUUUUGUUCCACAGGCCUUCCACGCAACAAUAAUGACAUUAGUUAUUUAUAAUUUUUAUAAUUAUCGAGGAUGUUUGUGAUGUACAUUGAUAUAUGAAAUACAUUAACAUGCGACUUUAUAUCAGUAUCAUUUUUAGCUGCGGAUAUUUCAUUUGAAAAAUUAAUUUUGAAAUUAUAAGAUGAAAACAUUUACUGACUGCCGAACUAGUAUUUGGUUAUAUUAUGACCUUUCGGAAUUACUGCUUUACUUGAUUGUGUUGGUCUAUCAGUCAUUGAUUGGUAACAUUUCUUACUUAUGUAACAUCUAUGAAUGUUACUUUGGUAAAUUUAAGUUAUACUGUACUCUCAUUGACAUUUUAUGACAACUAAGUAACUGAUGAGCCAUUAGACUUUAUAAAAAAAAAUGGGUACGACCACAGACUGGUGAAAUAAUGCGUUGUUGUUUUUUUAAAUUAAAAUCCUUGUGGAUCAUAUUCAUCUAAAUCUUUUAAAGAAGUGGGGGGGGCUGUUAAAAGAAAGG